AUGCCAAAAGCUCUUUUUACCUUCUUUCGUCUUUUUGUGCUCUUACUCAGUUUCUCCAUUAUUUGUCUGGGAGUCCUUUGCGUUUCCACAAGUUUCUCCACAUGCAGAUGUGGAAAUAAUGAGCUGGCGUUUUAUUGCCUGCUAGCGUUGGGGUUCAUUGUCCUUGUGACUGGCCUUUUCUGGAGCACUUUCCAUGAAGUCCGCAAAUACAGAGGCCUCAGCAGCAUCUUCAUUCAAAAUCCCAGCCGCAGAGAGCUGUGUAUCAGCACCAUAGACAGGCCUGACUUCUAUCCCCCCUCCUAUGAAGACAGCACAGAUCCUGAAAAACAGACUUUCCCACUGCCAGUUGCCUCCACAUUAAAACAGCAAGAAGUCAUCAAUAUCCCUCCGCCUCUGUAUACCAAAAGCAGCACAGAGUUCAUCAGUGAAACUAAUGAGCAGGAACAGCCACCACCAUAUGAAUUACCUAUGCAGCAGCUACGGCAGGAGCAAACAGCUGACCAAGACUCAAACGCCAGGAGGGAGUCAAAUUCUCAUCCAUCCAUACAAGAAAACAGUUACCAACAGGAUACAGACUGCCAGGGGACCUCAGAAAGAGCAAUGCCUGUCAGAAUAUCUGAGACAGGCAGUGGGUAA